AUGCGGCAGGAUCUGCCAGAGGGGCCUUUGGGGUCCUCAGGAGUUCUGUUCACCUUGAAAACAGAUACGAAGUGUAUCAAGGACGGCAAGAAGCGCAAGCGCAGUCGCAAGGAGAGCUACUCGGUGUACGUGUACAAGGUGCUGAAGCAGGUGCACCCCGACACCGGCAUCUCGUCCAAGGCCAUGGGCAUCAUGAACUCGUUCGUCAACGACAUCUUCGAGCGCAUCGCUGGCGAGGCGUCGCGCCUGGCGCACUACAAUAAGCGCUCGACCAUCACGUCGCGGGAGAUCCAGACGGCCGUGCGCCUGCUGCUGCCCGGGGAGCUGGCCAAGCACGCCGUGUCCGAGGGCACCAAGGCCGUCACCAAGUACACCAGCGCCAAGUAA